ACUUAGGAAAGAGAUAAGCUAGCUUCUUGUAGGACCAUAAGUCAUACUGGUUUUAAGUAAGUUUUAGUGGUCUUGUUUUAACAAAAAUGGCAACACUCAAUAUUGUCUUGUUUGUUCUUUGUUCUUGACUUUUUUUUCCUUUUAGAUGUCAAAGUCAAUGUCAGAAUCGUGCCGUAAUUUAAAAAAUCUUUAUUUUGUUUUAUAGAUUAAUUUAAUUAGUUGGAGUAUAAUUAAUCAUACUGUUGUUGUUUAUUAUAUUGUUUACUUUAGCUAUAAUUAAAAGAAAAUGUUAAAAAAAAUUUGCCAUUAUAUAGGUUAGUGAUAUAAAGCAAAUGGAAAAGACCGACGAUAAGCCGAAUUAUAAGCCAAAUGUGCUUAAAAAUGGUAUUAUAAAAGACAACAUAACUAUACUGGACUUGAGCCACAAAAAUAUUGCAAAUUUCGACGAACAUAUGAAGUUACCGCCUUUUUUGAAAGAAUUGAAUCUUUCGCACAACAAACUUGAAAAUGUACCCGAAGCAGUCAAAAAACUUAAAAAUAUAAUUGUUCUGGAUAUAUCCUAUAAUGCAAUCAAAUAUUUCGAUGACACACCAAGUUUCUGUCAUACCAUAGAAUAUAUAAAUAUAUGUAACAAUGAUCUUCAAGGCCCACCAGCAUGGAUAUGGUUUGAUUUACCAAAAAAACUAUCUAAAUUAAACAUAAGUUCAAAUUAUGGUCUGACUAAUAGUUUUAAAUGCGGCUACUUUGAAGAAUUAAUACAAUUUAAAACAUCUAUAAAAGAUAUUAAGAUAUAUAAUUGUAAAUUAAAUAAUUUUCUAAGCCUUCUAAGAACAUUUCCAAAAGCAAAAUAUAUUAAACUAGGUGACAAUAAUAUUAGCUAUGUUGCAGCUAAUGCUAUUAACAACAUACCUUGUGAUGGUCUGAAUGAAUGCUGUGAUAUAGAAAUAUUAGACUUAAGUUACACCCAUAUAUCUGAUAUUAAAUCUAAUAUAGAUAUUUAUAAAAACUUGAUAGAGAUUAAUCUAAGUCAAAAUGAACUUAUUAGUAUUCCUGAUGAAUUCUGUAACUUGGCACACUUAGAAGUAUGCAUAUUGUCAUGCAAUCAUAUUCUAUAUUUACCUAAUAAUUUUAUCAAAUUAACGAAACUUAAAACAUUGUGCCUAGACGGCAAUGAAUUAUGCACACUCCCUAACAUACAUACUUUACCUUAUCUUAAGAAAUUAGAUUUGUAUGAUAACUAUCUAUGCCAACUGAUAGAUUUAAGUUGUAUUGAAGAAAUAGAUAUAGCAGAAAACUUUGUAGAUGAACCAAGUGAUAAAGAUUAUUUAAGUAAAAAAGAAAAAUUGAGACUUAAUAUUGUAGGAAGAUGGGAUGGCAGAAAACAGGAAAAUGUUAAACCAGAAAGUGUAUACUCAUCAUCAUCAUUAGAAGAUGAUGAUUUCUAUGUUCAUGAUGAUAAUAUUGAUAUGGAGAAAGAAAACCGCCCACCAAGCUCUGUGGAAGACUGGGAUUCUGACGAUUAUUGGGUUCCAUGCUAUGUCAAUAAUAAUAAUGUUCAACCACUGCAAUCACGUUGGCUGUAUUUCAUAAAACAAAAGAUGGAGGAAGGCAACUUUUGUCCAAUAGAUUUGCAUGCUGUACCAGUAGCUGAUCGGGUAAAUUAUGAAAAAUCUAUCAACCCUCCAAUACAAUAUGAAUCUGACGGACAGUUUGAUGACUUCUCCGGUGAUGAUAGCUGACCAAUGGUCAACUUGGAUGUAAAAUUAGUCAAUAUACGAUUUUCAGUACUGAAAAAUUCAUACAAAAAUCUUGCUCUUUAAAAACACAGAGAUAAAGGUUUUCCUAUUAGGUCUUCCUAUAAUUUAAACUUAAAGUACAAAUUAAAUUCUUGAUGUAUGUUCAUCAAUAACAUAGGUUUUUUUUUUGGAAUAGUGUGCAAUGACAAACUUAAGAAACUGUCAAAAAUACAGCAUACAAAAUGCAUGACAUGACAUAAUAAAAAAACUUUAAUAGAUGUUAAAUAAUUUUCAAUUAAUAUU